ACAGGAAGGUAAAGUAGAAUUCUGCAUUAGUGAAAAGAAGUAAAUAUUGUGAUAUAGGCAUACUAAGUUUUAAGGUUAUACUAGAAUUACAAUUGUUGCAAAGCAAUUUAUUUCGUUUGGUGCAGAGAAGUAAAUAAUACACAUCCAAGAUGUCUUAUAUGUUAGCACAUUUACACAAUGGAUGGCAAGUGGAUCAGGCAAUUCUUUCAGAAGAAGACAGGGUUGUGGUGAUACGUUUUGGACACGAUUGGGACCCAUCUUGCAUGAAAAUGGACGAAGUGGUUUACAGUAUAGCUGAAAAAGUAAAAAACUUUGCAGUUAUCUAUUUAGUGGACAUAACAGAAGUUCCCGAUUUCAAUAAAAUGUACGAAUUAUACGAUCCAUGCACAGUCAUGUUCUUCUUCAGAAACAAACAUAUUAUGAUUGAUUUGGGUACAGGUAAUAACAACAAAAUCAAUUGGCCAUUGGAAGAUAAACAGGAGAUGAUCGAUAUUAUUGAGACUGUGUACAGGGGUGCUAGAAAAGGAAGGGGUCUUGUUGUCUCACCAAAAGAUUAUUCAACGAAAUACAGAUACUAAAUAAUU